ACCAAGAAAAUGGAAGCAAUGGCUUCUCACCUCCCUCAGCCAUCUGUGGAACCAUCAAAUAUCAAUUCAUGCGUUAAAAUUCUGGCAGAAUCUGCCGAUCUUAAGUCUGUUCCUUCUAAUUUUUCUUUUAUCCAUGAUCCCACAUGCUCAAAUUCUGAUUCAAUCCCCAUUAUUGAUUUCUCCCUUCUCAUCUCUUCCAAUCCUGAUCAAAGGUCCAAAGUCAUCCAAGAACUAGGCAAAGCUUGCAAUGAAUGGGGCUUUUUUGUGCUGGUAAAUCAUGGGAUACCUGAAACCUUAGUGAAAGCAAUCGUUGAUCGGUGUACGGAGUUCUUCGAUUUGCCUGAGGAGAAGCGGAAGUAUGAAACAAGUUCUGGUCCCGUCAAGCAUAGCACUGGCAGCAUCUUAAACAGUUCAAAAGAGGGAAUUUUCCAAUGGAGGGAUUUUAUUCACACCGUUGUGCAUCCUGAAUAUCAUUUUCCUGAUAAACCUCAGAAUUUAAGGGAGAUUUUAUAUGAGUACGCUGAAAAUUCCCGAUCAGUUUCAAAGAAAUUACUCCAACUGUUGUCAACAACUAUGGGAUUGGAAGAAGGAUUUAUGGACGAAACCCGAAACUUGAACUCAAGUUUUCAAAUAUUCGCUGCAAAUUGUUAUCCACCUUGUCCACAGCCUGAUAAGACAAUAGGCACCCUACCUCACACCGAUCCUCGUCUUUUGACGUUUCUGAUACAUAAUGGAGUGGCUGGAUUACAAAUUGAACACAAUGGGAAGUGGUUUAGUACCAAUUCACCUCAAAAUUCUAUUCUUGUUAACGUUGCUGACCAGCUUGAGAUAUUCAGCAACGGAAAAUACAAGAGUGCGAAGCAUAGAGCUGUUGUCAAUGAACAGACGACAAGACUUUCAAUUGUUUUAUUUAAUGGCCCAGCAUCAGACUCCAUUGUUAGUCCUGCUUCACAGUUGAUACAAAGAGAUGGUCAUCCAUUAUAUCGGCCAAUGAAAUACAUAGAAUAUAUGAAAAUAAGGCAAAAGGAUCGAGUUGUUGGCUAUUCAAGCUUGGAUUGUGUGAAAAUACUAGACAGUUAA